AUGGAUGAAUUUGAAACUGCAGUGACCUAUAGUUUCGACCCAUUAAUUGAAGAGGACCUAAAACAAAAGGCAUUGCAAUACACAAACAACGUAAAGGAAUCACCAGAAGGAUGGAAGUUUUGUCUUGAACGAUUAUUCAAAACAAACUCUGUUCAUGUUAAGUUCUUUUGUUUCCACGUAUUUCAAGAUUUAAUAUUACACAAACAUGCAUCACUUUCAGAGUUUGAAAGAACAAAACUCAAAUCAACUUUGAUUGAUUGGGUAAAAAUACAUUUAACAAAAAAUACAGAAGAACUUGCAAUUAAAAAUAAGUAUGCACAGAUCGUUGUACUAUUAUUUAAACAAGAGUAUCCUGAACAAUGGCCAAACUUUUUUAAUGAAUAUUUAUCACUCUUGCAAGUAGGAGGUGUCCCCGCUAUUGAUAUCUUUCUCAGAAUAUUAAAGGCAAUCGAUGAAGAAGUAGUUUCUUUUAAUGUACACAGAUCAACUACAGAAUUGGCUCAAAAUACUCAAAUUAAAGAUUCAAUGAGAGAAGGAGCAAUAAAAGAUAUCGUAAAAUCAUGGUAUGAUAUAUUAAUGGUUUAUCAUAAAACAAUGCCACAACUUGCAAAAUUGGCAUUACAAAAUAUUAAAUAUUAUGUUGGAUGGAUUGAUAUUAAUUUAAUAGUAAAUGAUAAAUUUAUACCAUUAUUUUGUCAAUUAUUAAACUCUAAUGCUUUACGUGAAGAGAUAUGUGAAUGUUUUAAAGAGAUUAUAAACAAGGGUAUGGAUUCAAAGGCAAAGAUGUUGUUGAUUCAACAAUUACAAAUCAAAAAUAUAGUAAAAUUUGUAGUAUUGGACGAUGUCGAUUUCAUUGUUAAAAUUGGUAAUCUCGUCAAUCUAACGGGUAUGGAGGUAUUGAGAAGUUUGGAAUCUCAAUCAACAACAACCACCAGUGCUACUGCUGCCUCUGCACAACAAACCAAUGGAAACCAUUCAAAAUCAAAUGGAACACCCGACACUGCGACCACCAAAAAGGUGUCAUCACCCAUUGUCGAUCCACAGGGUGAACAAUUGCUCGAUGAAAUGUUGGGAUUAUUGUUUGAAUUUUUAAACAAUGAAAAUAAUGAAGUAUCAUCAACUGUUCUUGGUUUCUCUGCUUUGUAUAUAACACGAUUAAAAAAUAUUAAACCAUUAAACGAAAAGCAAGUAGAACAUAUAACCAUGUUGGUACAAAUUAUUCGAAACAAGAUGAGAUAUCCAGCUGAUUAUAAUUUCCAGAAUUCUGAAGGCGAGAGUGAACAGCAAUUCCUUGAACUUCGAUCGAGUCUUGCUUCACAGUUUAGAAAUAUCUUUCGUCUUUGUCCUGAGAUGGUGGGAUCAUUUGUUGACACUCUUUUAAAUAAUGUCAUUCCAAAUCUCGAACGAUUUUCAUUCUCUGAUAUUGAAGUAUCAAUUCAUCUCUUGUAUCAAAUGGGUGAAGGAAUAUCUCAUACCUCUGAAGAAACAAUGAAAGCAUUUGAAAAAUUCUUUGGUCAAAUGGUUGUAUUUUUGGCUUCUAGUAAAAUAGCAAGAACAGAAAUUCAUCAAAUAGUAUCAUUAACAUAUUUUGAUACAGUAGUUAGAUAUGCCAAGAAUAUACCAUCUACAACAGAAAAUCUUACAAUGAUAUUGGCAUCAUUUUUAGAUGGAAGAGGAGUUCAUAGUCGAAACCCAAUCGUCAGAAGUCGAGCAGGUAAUCUUUUAAACAAAUUGGUCAAACAAUUAAAGAUACAACUUUUCCCCUUUAUCAACAAUAUAAUCGAAUCACUCAAGAACCAUUUGAUCAUAUCAUAUGACAUUCAAAAGGAAGUACCGCAGUGCAAACCUCCCACCACAAGACGAACAAAACUAUGUCGAAAAGAUCUUGUCGCAUCCCUACAAAAGAAUGGAAGAGAUCAUCUCGAGGGAACUUUACAAACCGAUACAAAGGAAUUACCAUACCACUCUACGCAACUCUACCAAUUGAUCUCUGUCAUUGGUACUUUUAGUAAAGGUUUCUCUCCUUUUAAUUUUUCAACCAACCAACCAAAACCAGAACCAUGUCCCUAUAAAAUCUACUUUACAAAAUCUUUACAAUUAAUCAUUCAAUUACCUAAUUUAUUACCUUUAAAUGAAGAUAUUAAAUCAAGAACAUAUUUUUAUUUACAUAGAAUGGUAGAUUGUUUAGGAAAUGAUUUAAAACCAAUGUUGACAACGAUUUUACCAACAUUAUUAAAUCAUAGUAGUCAAAAGAUUGAAAACAUUAGCGAAUUUAUACUUUUUAUCAACCAAUUGAUGAAUAGAUUCAAAGAUUCAAUCUCGUCAAUCAUGAAUGAACUGUUGUCACCGAUUAUUAUGCGUGUCUACAAACCGAUUGAACAAUCAGCCGUUUCACCACCAGAACCCAAUAGUGAUGAAGAAAGAGCCAUUGCCGAACUGCAAAAGACCUACUACACCUUUUUGGUGACAGUUCUCUCAUCAUCGCUGUCUGCUGUUUUUACCACAUCUUCUAACCUUCCAAUGCUCCCGGCCAUCCUCACCAGUGUUAUCAACGGAUGCACAAAUGCAAACGACGCCUUGCAAAAGACAUCGUUUACCAUUGUCAGAAAGAUGACCGAAGAAUUUGGACAAUCAGGCAACAAACCUAUCGAAGGGUUUGGCACAUUUGUCUAUGAAAGCGUGUUACCAGUUUGUUUCCAAGUACCACUCCAACCAAACUACAAUAUGCUCGAACUCCAAGAGAUUAUCAAGACACUCAAAUUGAUUGGAGCAAAAUAUGGCCACGAGAUUGUCAUCACCUAUCUAUCUCAAAAAUACCUCCCACUCUACAGCACCAUCAUCAACAAAUCCGCCUCUGAACAAAUUCUUUCACAAUUCUCUCGCCUUUUGCCACCAACAACACCAAACAAGGAUUUCCAAGAGUUUUUUAAAAACUUUAUCAAACAAUUGAAAUCUUCUCCAAAAUAA